AUGUUCAAGCUUUUGGCGCUAAGACAUAAGGAGGUCUUACUUGGAAUAACUGGCAAGGACUUUACCAUCAUUGCGGCUUCAAAAGCUGCCAUGAGAGGUGCAACCAUUCUCAAAGCUUCAGAUGACAAGACAAGAGCAUUAAACCAACAUACCUUGAUGGCAUUUUCCGGAGAGGCUGGAGAUACAAUUCAAUUCGCAGAAUACAUUCAAGCCAACGCUCAACUUUACUCCAUGCGCAAUAACAUCGAUCUCUCCCCAUCCGCGGUCGCUCACUUUGUCCGUGGUGAAUUAGCACAAUCUCUUCGCUCCCGCAAACCAUACAAUGUCAACCUUCUCCUCGGUGGUGUUGAUCCUAUUACCGACAAGCCCAGCUUAUACUGGCUCGAUUACCUAGCGUCACUUGCACCCCUUCCAUAUGCAGCUCACGGCUAUGCACAAUACUACUGCUUGUCUAUUCUUGAUAAACAUCAUCACCCAGAUAUUGAUUUCGAACAGGGAAUGAAGGUUUUGAGGAUGUGUACAGAUGAGUUGAAGAGAAGGCUGCCGAUUGAUUUCAAGGGAAUGACUGUUAAAGUUAUUACGAAGGAGGGAAUCAAGGAGCUUGAUUAUGAUGACAGUGCGAGAAUUGACUGCCCUUAG